CCCCCCCAUCCUGGCCGCGGGUCCCACCUAUUGCCGGGCUGGGGGUGACCGUCCCCCCCCGGGUGCUUACGCACGUCGGGGCGCCGAGCGCGUCAGGAGCGCGGCCGCUGUAAGGCUCGGUCAGGUUCUGCCCCUGGGCUGGGGAGAACCAGCACCUCCCUCGGGGGAAGGGCUCUCUGGAAAGCAGAUGAGCAGUCCCCCUUUCCUGACAGCCCGUACCUAUCGCUUUCUCUUUCUGCUCCGAAGCUGGACGGCUGGAUUGGCACCGCUGCUACAGGGAGGAGCCGCCGCCCAGGGACCCUCUGGCCCCCAGGUCUCUGAUCACGGCGCUUGGAAGCCCUCGGUGCUAUGCUACCCUGCCACGUGCCGGAUUCAAGGCAUCCAUCCAAGGUAAGUGGAUGUUUGCCCCUCUCCUCUUUUUCCUGGCUGAGCUUGGCUGCAGCGCCCAACCCACCUACCAGUGGAAGGAUGCUGUGACGAACGAGAAGCUCACCUGCCAGCAGUGCCCGCCGGGGACCUUUGUGGCACAGCACUGCACCAGGGACAGGCAGACGGUGUGCAAACCCUGUCCGGAUUUGCACUACACGCAGUACUGGAACUACCUGGAGAAGUGCCGGUACUGUAACGUUAUCUGCGAGGAGAAGCAGGUGGAGGUGCAGCAGUGCAAUUCCACCCACAACCGCGUUUGUCAGUGCCAGGAGGGCUACUACUCGGAGUUGGAGUUCUGCAUCCGGCACUCUGAGUGUCCACCAGGCUCCGGUGUAGAGAAACUGGGUACCCCCUUUGAGGACACCCAGUGCCGCGCCUGCCCUCGCGGCUUCUUCUCUUCCUCCAACUCCAGCACCAAGCCGUGCCAGCCGCACCAGGACUGCGAGCAGCAGGGGAAGGUGACCAACGUGCAGGGCAACCAGUACCACGACACCCUCUGCACCUCCUGCGCGCCAUGGAGGAGGAACAGCACACAGGAACCAGGAGACGACGAGUGUGAGCAAGCCAUGAUUGAUUUUGUGGCGUACCAGAACAUCCCCCCCCGAAAGCUGAAGCGCCUGCAGCAAAUCCUGGAGCGCUCGCCGAAGAAGCAGGCGCUGGGGAGCAAGGCAGCCAGCCAGGAGAAGUUCAGGGCUUUCCUCACCAACCUGAAAGGGGAUCACUAUGAGGUCAGCAGGCAGCUGCUGGUCGCCCUGCGAGCCACCAAGCUGCACUCCAUCGAGGAGAAGGUCCGCCAGCGCUUCCUCCUGCAAUGAGAACACAAAGUGAACUUUUCGGGUGGUUUUUGGUUUGUUUUUUCUUCUGUGGCUUGAUUAAUUUAUUAAUCUUUCUAAACCUAACUUGAAGCAUUAGAGAUGAGCGAUGGGUCAGAGUUAAGCCGUGCAGGGGCAGAUGUGGUGGGUCCCACUCGGGUGCGGCUGGGUCGCUGCCUCUGGGUGGGAUGCGGUGGGCAGCAGCAUCCCUGCGCCAGUGGCCGGGCCGGCUCCUGGCAGCUCGCUGGGUGCUGGCUGCUGAUGUACAGCGGACACAAAGGUCAAUAUGUUAUCAGAAGAGAAACGUGGCCAGCGUCAUUUUUUUUCUGGGGAAGAACCCAGCUCCCUCCUUUUAGAAAACUGUCUGGCUUUGUUUUAAACUGUGUGGGUUUGGUUUUGCUGGGGUUGGUUUUUUAGUUAUUUAACAGUAUUUCAGAGGAUUCCCUUGCGUUUGUUAGCACACUUUUGUUUUGAGAAAGGUGUUUCCUGCUGAGACACGUGGGGUGAAGGAUGCCCCUGAAGUCACCGUUGCAGCUGGCUUUAGAUUUAUUUCUAAACUACCUGGUUUUGUAUCAUUUGUGAGAGAUGUUUUCUAAAGAAACAAAAGAUGUUAUUUUAUUAUACAA